AUGGCAUCCCUUGUCAGUAGGAGGGAUUGCAUUACUAGAAAAUUUUCUGUUUUAUUUUGUGGGCAUCAUAGAUAUGGGUUCGAUUAUCGAAUUUAUCAACUAACUCCUGUUUUAUUUCAUUAUUACCACAGCCCUGAUCCUCGUUUGUAUAUAUCUUCAAGACUACUGUAUACAAGAUCCACCAAGAGUAAGAGGCAUCUAGACGAGAAUGUAUUUAGAAAUCAAUUGCUGCUACCCCUUCAAGUUAAGGGAUAUAAAACCAAAACUUAUUUCAAGUCAAUCAAAGAUAAUUUGUCAUUAUCACAGAUCAAGAGAUGGUGUUUUCACCCAGGUACAUCAGUGCUUUCCAGAGAAACACUCGGAAAAGUCACACCAGACAAUAAACAAAUUACAUCUAAGGAUAUGAUCAAUGCUAUGUUGCAGUAUAUUUGGCCUAAGGAUGACCCACUUGUUCGAGUCAGAGUAUGCACAGCCAUGAGUCUGUUAGUUGGUGCUAAAUUGUUGAAUGUCUCUGUACCUUUUUUAUUUAAGUAUGCAGUUGAUGAUCUGAAUAGUUACUUAAAUCUUCUUAGUAUGGGCUCAGCUCCAGAAGCAAUUGCUACAAGUGCAACUGCUAUCUUGAUUGGCUACGGCAUUGCAAGAGCAGGAGCUGCAGGUUUCAAUGAGCUGAGGAACGCAGUAUUUGCCCGUGUUGCCCAGCAUUCCAUCCGAAAAAUUGCACGGAAUGUUUUUGUCCAUCUUCAUAAUCAGGAUUUGUCAUUUCAUCUUUCCAGACAAACUGGUGCACUUUCAAAGACUAUUGAUCGAGGAAGUAGAGGUAUUAAUUUUGUACUCUCUGCAAUGGUAUUCAAUGUAGUUCCUACAGUAUUUGAAUUGGCCCUUGUUAGUUCGUUAUUGGGCUUGAAAUGUGGCUUAAUUUAUUCAUUUCUGUCUUUAAGUUGUGUCGGUAUUUAUGCUGCUUUUACUUUAGCUGUCACACAAUGGCGUACCAAAUUUCGUGUAUAUAUGAAUCAAGCUGAAAAUGAAGCUGGAAAUAAAGCUAUUGAUUCUUUAAUCAAUUAUGAAACUGUUAAAUAUUUUAAUAAUGAAAAGUACGAGGCAGAAAGAUAUAAUUCUUCACUGUUGAAGUAUGAAAGUGCUUCCUUGAAAACAAGUACAAGCUUAGCUAUGCUAAAUUUUGGCCAGAAUGCUAUAUUCAGUGGUGCCAUAGCCAUUGCUAUGGUUUGUGCUGCUAAAGAGAUAGUUAAUGGUUCAUUAACAGUUGGAGAUCUUGUGAUGAUAAAUGGCCUCUUAUUCCAGUUGUCUGUCCCUUUGGGUUUUCUUGGGUCAGUUUACAGAGAAGUUCGACAAGCAUUAAUAGAUAUGCAGACAAUGUUUACUCUUAUGACAAGAGAGAGUUCUAUAAAGAAUUCACCCAAUGCCAAACCAUUAAUUAUAAGCAGAGAAAAUGCUUCUAUAGAGUUCAGAAAUGUGUGCUUCCAGUACAUCAAAGGAAAGCCUAUAUUUGAUAACCUUUCUUUUACUAUUGUUCCUGGAAGAAAAGUUGCUAUAGUUGGUGGCUCAGGAACGGGGAAAUCAACCCUUAUUCGUUUACUCUUUAGAUUCUUUGAACCAAAUUCUGGCAGUAUUUUUAUUGCAGGCCAGAACAUUAAAGAUGUAGACUUAGAAAGCUUAAGAAGGAGCAUUGCUAUAGUUCCACAGGAUUCUGUUCUAUUUCAUGAUACAAUCAUGUAUAAUCUUCAUUAUGGUAACAUGGAAGCGACUGAAGAUGAUGUUAUAAUAGCGUCAAAAAUGGCAAACCUUCAUAAUUCAGUUAUGACUUGGCCAUCACAAUACUUGCUUAAUUCCUUGUUAUCUAUCCAGGUUGGAGAGAGAGGAUUAAAACUUUCUGGAGGUGAAAAACAGAGGGUUGCUAUAGCUAGAGCUAUUUUAAAAGCUUCUCCUAUAUUAGUCUUUGAUGAAGCAACUUCAUCUUUAGAUUCCAUUACUGAGCAUAACAUAUUGGAUGCUCUGAGAACAGCCACUGAAGAUAGAACUUCAAUUUGUAUUGCUCACAGACUUUCUACAAUUAUGGACGCAACUGAGAUACUUGUAUUAGACAAAGGAAGGUUGGCAGAGCGUGGAACUCACUGGAGUUUGCUGAGUGAUCCGAAGUCAUUGUAUUCGAAAAUGUGGGAAAUUCAACAUGCUUCUGGAAAAGAUAUAAAUAAUAAUAAAAAGGAAAAUAAAAAAAGUUAA